CCAAGAUGAAGACGUGAGUCGCCAUAUCGAUAUUGUUAGGGGGCGUGUUAUUUUUGUUCAUGGUUCUACAGAGAUACCGUAUUAUCGGGAAUGCAUUACCAAUCCCACUUGGUAUGGCAAUUUCUAGGGAAAUCCACUCGAGAAUAGUAAUGUCAAGCCAGGGACGCAGAACUGGGGGCUGUCAAUGUACACGUGAACGCAUACAUGAUCCUUGACUCGAGAGCUCUAAUAUAGUUUAAGGAAACGGCACAGACUAGUGAACGGAAUUAAUGACAAAAGGUGUCAGUGGGCAAAGAUGGCAAUUACACAAUGUGCCAUUGAUUUCUCGGUUGAGGCAAAGGAGCUGUGCAGAAUGAUUGAAUUGAAAAUCCAAACACCGAAACCAACGUUCAACACCAUCGUCCGCACUGUCCCCAAUGUCAUAUUGAAUGCACCCUUAGAAAGCAUUCGCAUGUCGCUCCCCUCUAGUCCUCGCCCAUCCUCGCGCACCUCCAGGAUCCCCGUCUCUACCCCUACGGCUGAACUCCCUUCCCGCAAUCACAACACUUUUGGCGUCGAAGCGCCCACAUCCCCACGUCCGGUGUCCAUUAUUGACGAUGCAUUAUCAGAUGGGCGUACCUCCCCAAUAUUAUUCGAUAGGCGGAGAUCCUCCGCGGCACUUGCGGCGUUGGCGGGGGAAAACAGCCUCCUCCCACUACCAACAGUUCUUGAGAAUGACAAAGGUUCAAUCUCACCCGUUUCGAGUAGGAAUGGUGCAUUCAAUGGUAAAGAGAGUCCAACAAGAAGCAUGUCACGUUCGUAGCUGCCUCUGGCGAGCGCUCCCCAUUCUCAUUUAUUUCGUUCCAUCACAGGUAUACCGAUAAGCUCUGUAGGUAAGUGAUGGACAGGUAAC